AUGAAAAAGAAGGGGACUGAGGAGAACCAAGUGCCUACCACGGGGAAAGAUCCGAUGGAACAGUCUGAAGAAACAAUAGAAAAUGAUCAAAAGAUAGUUUCAGAUAGUUCACAACUUAAGGCAAAUAUUCUUGGCACUACACUAACACCCCCGGUCCCUUCUCCUCAAAGGAAACUAGGAUUAGGAGUUCCUAAGGCGGCAUCUAUUAUCCUUCAGCUAGCGGACCGAUCACUGAAACACCCCUACAAAAUAGUCAAAGACAUGCUCAUCAAUGCGGGGAAGUUUAUUUUUCCAGCUGACUUCAUCAUCCUCAACAUAGAAGAGGCAAAUCAUAUGCCAAUAAUCUUGGGACGACCAUUUUUGUCUACAAGUCGAGCCUUGCUAGAUUUUGAUGCUAAUGAGAUAAUCUUGAGGAUAGAGGAUAAGCAACAGAGCUUCACUAUGAAGAAUGCAAUCAAGCAAUCAUCUUACUUUGAGUAUUGCCAACGAGUUGAUCAUUGGAAGAGCUACAAAGGCAGGCCAAAUGAAGGUGAAAUUAUUGGUAAGGACAGUAAUGAAAACUUGAUUUUGUGGAGGAUGAAAGAUGAAAUAAGGAAGUGCAAUUAG